CGAGCUAACUUUACAGUUCAUUUGUGUCUGAAAGCUCAGUUGAUAAGUUUUGGCGUAUGCUAAUUGACGAACGUCAACAUGAAGGUUAUUAUCCUGCUGAUCCUGGGAAUAGGACUUCUUCCUACUGUAUCUGCUGCUUCCCAUUCCAUCCGUUAUGUGUACACUGCGACCUCAGGAAUACCAGACUUUCCAGAGUUUGUCAAUCUGGGUAUUUUGGAUGGAAUGCAGAUCGACUACUAUGACAGCAACACCAAGAAAGUAGUGCCCAAACAGGACUGGAUGGCCAAGGCAGUGGGGUCUGACUACUGGGAUAGAGAGACUCAGAACUCCAUUGGUAGAGAGAAGAGUUUCAAAGCCAACAUUGAUACUGCCAAACAGCGCUUCAAUCAGACUGGGGGUGUACAUGUUGCCCAGAUGAUGUUUGGCUGUGAGUGGGAUGAUGAGACUGGAGUCACAAGGGGCUUUAAUCAGCAAGGAUUUGAUGGAGAAGACUUCAUCUCAUUUGACCUGAAGACAUUGACAUGGAUCGCUCCAAAACCACAGGCAGUCAUCACCAAGAACAAGUGGGACAAUAACAAAGCUGGCAAUGAGUAUUGGAAAAACUACCUCACCCAGGAGUGUAUUGAUUGGGUUAAGAAGUAUGUGGACUAUGAGAAGAGCAGCCUGAUGAGGACAGUCCCUCCAUCAGUGUCUCUGCUCCAGAAGACCCCCUCCUCUCCAGUGACCUGCCACGCUACAGGUUUCUACCCCAGUGGAGUGCAUGUGACCUGGAAGAAAGACGGACAAGAACAGCAUGAAGAUGUGGAGGUUGGAGAGACUCUCCAGAAUGAUGAUGGAACGUUCCAGACGAGUGUCCGUCUGAAUGUGAAGCCUGAGGAGUGGAAGAACAACAAGUAUCAGUGUGUGGUUCAGAUCUCAGGGACCAAAAAGGACUUCAUCAAGGUUCUGACUGAGGAUGAGCUUCUGUCCAACUGGGGAAAGACCAACAGGGGUGUAAAUGACCAGACCUCCAUUGGCCCCAUCAUUGGAGUGGUGGUAGCUGGCCUCCUGGUCAUUGUUGCCGCUGUUAUUAUUGGAGUCGUCAUCUGGAAGAAGAACAGGAAAGGCUUCGUUCCAGCUAACACUUCUGAUGAUGGUUCCAACUCCUCCAACAACACUGCUCCAAAAGCAUGAGGUCUCUAUCUGUUACCAAUAUCAAACAGGGGAGAAUCACAGACAAGAGAGGAAAGACUACAGUGAAAGUGGAAGUCGUUAGGCCUGGGCUUCCGGGGCUAUAGCCCCAGAUCUUAUCAACACCCCUCAACCAGAGGGUGGGGGUGUUGUGGGGGGCUAAGCCCUGAAUGUAUUGUGAUCUUAGUUACAUCUCUGGUUGAAGUGAUGUGCAUCUAGACCAGCACUUCAGCCAAAAUGUUAUUUUGGCUGCCUCUCAAAUCGGUCAAACCAUAUUUAUUACCUAAGAAGUUCAAGUAAAUGCGCUAGAAAUCCGUGCUCAUUCAGGUGUGCAUUAGUUUAUUGCAUGGACGGAAAGCACUGACACCUCCAGGAAUUUGCAUCUGACGGUACAUAAGCAUAUCUAACGUUAGUCUGUUCAGUGAGAGCAACGGUACCGCAGAACGAGUGUAGACUCUAUA